ACUUUAAAUUGCUUCCCUUGCGAUCAGGGAACACAAGAUGGUUUUGGAAAUGCUGAACCCAAUGCAUUAUAACCUCACCAGCAUGGUACCCGAAGCGGUGCCUCUUGCCACCAUGCCAAUCCUGCUGCUUACUGGUUUUCUUCUCUUCAUUUGGAGUUAUGAGGAUACAUCCUCAAUCCCCGGUCCUGGUUAUUGCAUGGGAAUUGGCCCGCUCAUUUCCCACUGCCGCUUCCUGUGGAUGGGCAUUGGCAGUGCCUGCAACUACUACAACAAGAUGUAUGGAGAGUUCAUGAGAGUCUGGAUAUGUGGGGAGGAGACACUCAUCAUCAGCAAGUCCUCAAGUAUGUUCCACGUAAUGAAGCACAAUCACUACAUCUCCCGAUUUGGUAGCAAACUUGGGUUGCAGUUUGUUGGCAUGCACGAGAAUGGCAUCAUAUUUAACAACAACACAGCCCUCUGGAAAGUCGUUCGACCUUUCUUUAUAAAAGCUUUGACAGGCCCUGGCCUCGUGCACAUGGUGACAAUUUGUACUGAAUCCGUCGUAAGGCAUCUGGACAGGCUGGAGGAGGUCAAAAAUGAGUCGGGCUUUGUCGACGUGUUGACCCUGAUGCGGCGCGUCAUGCUGGAUGCCUCUAACAUGCUCUUCCUGAGGAUCCCUUUGGACGAAAAUGCCAUCGUAGUUAAAAUCCAGGGUUAUUUUGAUGCUUGGCAAGCUCUCCUUUUCAAACCGGACAUUUUCUUUAAGAUUUCUUGGCUAUACAAAAAAUAUGAAAAGUCUGUCAAGGAUUUGAAAGAUGCCAUAGACGUUCUGACAGAAGAAAAAAGACACAGGAUUUCCACAGCAGACAAACUGGAAGACUGUAUGGAUUUUGCCACUGAGUUGAUUUUUGCCGAGAAACGUGGUGACCUGACAAGAGAGAAUGUGAACCAGUGCAUACUGGAAAUGCUGAUUGCAGCACCAGACACCAUGUCUGUCUCUGUGUUGUUCCUGCUAUUUCUCAUUGCAGAGCACCCUAAGGUUGAAGAGGCAAUAAUGAAGGAAAUCCAGACUGUUGUUGGUGAAAGAGACAUAAGGAUUGAUGAUAUUCAAAAAUUAAAAGUGGUGGAAAACGCUAUUUAUGAGAGCAUGCGGUACCAGCCUGUUGUGGACUUGGUCAUGCGCAAAGCCUUACAGGAUGAUGUCAUCGAUGGCUACCCAGUGAAAAAGGGGACCAACAUUAUCCUGAAUAUUGGAAGAAUGCAUAGGCUCGAGUUUUUCCCUAAGCCCAAUGAAUUUACUCUUGAAAACUUUGAGAAGAACGUUCCUUACAGGUAUUUUCAGCCAUUUGGUUUUGGGCCCCGUAGCUGUGUGGGAAAGUACAUCGCCAUGGUGAUGAUGAAAGUCAUCUUGGUUACACUUCUGAAACGAUUCCAUGUGCAGACACUGCAAAGUCGAGAAGUGUGUAUUGAAAAAAUGCAGAAAAUAAAUGACUUGGCCGUGCAUCCGGAUGAGAACACCAACUUACUGAAUAUGAUUUUUGUCCCAAGAAAUUCAGACACACGCCUCGAAUCCUAAGAAGAUGGGUCAGUACCUACUCUGAAGCACUUCUCAUCAGCAGCUCACAAGGAAACCAUCCAUCUUUGCCAGGUAGUGUCAUCCUCACAGGGAACAUUCGGUGGUCUGUGGCAUUUUACAGGUAUACCUCCUAGGGGUUGUCAGCAAACCAGGAGACAUCGGUCAUCUGAUUUUGUCCAAACAGGAGAACCACAGGAAGAGA